UACAGAACGCGGUAGAGAUCUCUCACUGUGGCAGACACCUCAGACUCACACUGAGUGAGGACUUGGCUGUGGAAACAAAGUAAAACGCUGUUGUUGCUGCUGUAGACAUGAAUUUCAAAAUACGCGCUGCAACGAAAGAAGACUGCAAAGACAUAUCGAGAAUGAUUAUGGAGUUGGCGGUUUAUGAAAAAAUGCCCGACCAAGUGAAGAUAUCCCAUGAAGAGCUGGAGCGUGACGGUUUCUGCCAGAAUCCUUUCUUUGAAUGCCUCGUUGCAGAAGUACCUGAGGAGCAUAAAUCUAACGAAGGAUUUACAGUUGUUGGAUACGCCCUUUACUUUUACACUUACAGCACAUGGAAGGGGCGAACAUUAUAUCUGGAGGAUCUGUAUGUGAUGCAAGAUUUCAGAGGAAAUGGAAUUGGCAAAGGUUUAUUGAGCAAAGUAGCUGAGGUGGGGAAAAAGAAGCAGUGUGUGCGGCUGCAGUUAUCUGUGUUGGACUGGAACACACCCUCACGAGACUUCUACGCUGCCAAAGGAGCCCAGGACCUCACUGUUAGUGAAGGAUGGCACUUUAUACGAUUUGAUGGACAAAACCUGGACAAUUUAGCACAUGAAGCUCCUCAAGAUUAAAAGGACUAAAUGACUGUAUCCCGCUGAAAAAUGCUGUUGUUUAAAGUGUGAUCAUUUUUUUUCUAAAUGUGUUUGUUAUAUUAAAUCUAACUUACUUUUAAAUGAAACUAUGAUUUAGUCCAAUGUCUUCAUCAGGAAAUUGAGCACAGUCCUUCCCUGACAUGUUUAAUCUUUGCUGGAUGUUGGUGGAGUAGGCACUGUCCAGAUUCCCAAUAGCACAUACAGUUUGACCAAAGUGAACCCAGUUCUUCCAUGUCUUACCAGUAGGUGACAUUUCCCACCAACAAUCCAGCUAGAGCAAAGGCAGUUGGCGGUGUAUUCUUGGAACUGCACUCCAUCUUUAUGAGUUCCACAUAAUGUGAGAAUGGACCACACCUUUCUCAACUUUAUGAAAGGGAUAUAAAGUAACUGUGCGGAAAUCAGGAAAUGCUGUGGCUGAAUGCUUCACAUGCCAUAUUAAUCUCUGUGUCAUGACUACAGUCGUUACUAUGAGUGAGUUUAAUGAUUUCAUUAAAAGAGUCAAAUGAGA